AUGACAAAAUAUUCGGCAAUAAACGACGAGGAACCGACGCUUCCAACUGCUGAUAAUUCUUUAGUAAACGGUUCUUUAGAUCAAGCGCGGUUACUGUUGGAUCAAGAGAUUGAAGAAGACAUUGGCGACCCUGUUGGAACUGCCAGUUACUUUUCCUGUGUGAUUAACCUUGCCAACACUGUACUUGGUACCGGCAUGCUGGCUAUGCCGGGUGCUAUAGCCUCGGUUGGUCUAAUAUUAGGUAGUUUCAUGAUUUUUUUCUCAGCUCUUGCUUCGGGAUUAGGAUUAUAUUUUUUGUCACGCGCAGCUGCACACACAGAAGGACGACAAUCGUCUUUCUUUGCUGUCUCGAAAUUGACUUAUCCGACCGCGGCUAUUUGGUUUGACUUAGCGAUUGCGAUUAAAUGCUUUGGCGUUGGUGUUUCGUAUCUUAUUAUAGUUGGUGAUUUGAUGCCACAAGUAAUUCUAGCAUCAGCUGGAGAGAAGCUUCUGAUCGGGAGUAUCUUUUUGGAUCGUCGAUUUUGGAUAACUGUAUUUAUGAUUAUCGUUGUUCCGUUGGCCUUUUUGAAACGACUGGAUUCGCUACGAUACACGAGUUUAAUAGCAAUUUUUGCAGUUUUUUAUCUCGUAUUCAUUGUAAUCUAUCAUUAUCUCGGACCCGAUUUUGAAGCACCUCCCAAAGAAAAAGUUCAUUUAGUGAAAUUAUCAAGAAAGUUUUUUACGAAUCUACCAAUAUUUGUGUUUGCUUUCACUUGUCAUCAAAAUAUCUUUUCUAUCUACAAUGAACUCGUCGACAAUAGUCAACGUAAGGUUUCUAGUGUGAUAAUUGGAGCAAUCGGAACAUCAUCUAUCAUCUAUCAAUUAAUUGGAAUCAUUGGAUAUUUAACCUUUGGAGAUGAUGUCUUACCGAACGUCAUAUCACAGUACAAGGCAAACACGAUUGUAACAAUCGGUCGAGUAGCCAUCGUGAUUCUUGUUUUAUUCUCGUAUCCUCUUCAAGCACAUCCAUGUCGUGUUUCUUUAGAUAAAACAAUUUUAUCAUUUUCUGCAUUGCGUGAAUCUAACAACGUCAGCACUGACAAUUUGUUGAAUGAGCAACGAUAUAAAGCUGCACUACCUUCAAAUCAAAGGUAUAUUAUAAUCACAACAGCGAUUUUGUUUUCGAGUUACCUGCUCGCGAUGCUGGUCUCCAAAUUAGACUUGGUUUUGGCAUUUGUUGGAUCCACCGGAUCAACAACAAUCUCAUUUAUCCUUCCCGGAAUAUUCUAUUACAAAAUCCACAAAGAAGACGCGUGGACAAAGAAAAAGGUUCUAGCG